ACGCCUAUCUCAUUAUUGCGUCACUUUUAAAUGGCUACCUGUUUGUAAGUGAGAACUUUUCAAUCUGCUUUAUUUUGAGCCUCCAUUUGAGCACCUUCAACUCCAAAGAGAACAAAAAUGACCUCUCUAAUGCUAGCGGGGAUUGGUAUAGCUGCCACAGCCCUCACUGCUCGUGUGGUGAUGAGGAACUUUCGAGAAGUUCAAAAGAAAAUGUCUAAAAUACAGACAGACCAGUUGCUGAGUACAUACUACAGAGGAGGGUUCGAGAAGAAUAUGAACAGGAGAGAGGCUGGUUUGAUUCUAGGGGUCAGCCCUUCAUCUCCUCCUGAUCGUAUUCGAGUGGCCCACCGACAAAUAAUGUUACUCAAUCAUCCUGAUAGGGGAGGGUCACCUUAUCUUGCUGCAAAGAUCAACGAAGCUAAAGAUUACUUGAUAAAAGGAAACAAGUGAUUAUCUAUACACUCCAACCUCCCACCCACUCUCUCUCUCUUUUUGUCUUUGUACCUGACUCUGUUUAUUGUAUUAUAAAUCAACAGUACACUUAUGUCAAUGUUUGUCUUAUUAUUAUUGUUAUUAUUUAUUCUAUUUCUUUUUGUUGAUUGAUAAAUUACAAAGUGAAUUGUAUAUCAUUUCAAUCAGUAUAUACACU